CAGCUUAUGGCAAUUCUCUUCCCUGCAAGCCUUGCUACUUUCUAGUUUCUGCUUCUCUUUCUUCCUCUGAUUUCACACUUUUCUCAAUCAUUUUUACUGCUAGCUCCAGCUUCCGAGAAAGAUUAAUGGAAAGCUGAUGAUCAGAGAAGAAAGCUAGUGAGAGAGGCAGAGCACAGAAGCAAAAUUAAGCAUCUGAGCGAGCUAGAAAAGUCAAACGAUGGCCAAGGACCAAUUACAGGUGCUAAACGCGCUCGAUCUAGCAAAAACACAAUGGUAUCAUUUUACUACAAUCGUCAUUGCUGGAAUGGGGUUCUUCACCGAUGCAUAUGAUCUUUUCUGCAUAUCUCUUGUCACCAAAUUGCUUGGCCGCAUAUAUUACCAUGUCGAUGGCGCAGCAAAGCCUGGAACUUUGCCUCCCAACGUCUCGGCAGCUGUUAAUGGCGUAGCACUCUGUGGAACUCUAGCCGGCCAACUUUUCUUUGGGUGGCUUGGAGACAAGAUGGGCAGGAAGCGAGUCUACGGCAUGACUCUCAUGCUCAUGGUUAUAGCCUCCGUUGCUUCUGGUCUUUCCUUUGGCAGCAAUGCAAAGUCUGUCAUGGCAACACUCUGCUUUUUCCGGUUCUGGCUUGGGUUUGGUAUUGGCGGAGAUUACCCUCUUUCCGCCACCAUCAUGUCGGAAUAUGCCAACAAGAAGACCCGUGGUGCUUUCAUUGCUGCCGUCUUCGCCAUGCAGGGAUUUGGCAUCUUAGCUGGCGGUAUAUUUGCUAUUAUUAUUGCAUCUGCAUUCAAGUCCAGGUUUGAUGUCCCAUCUUAUGAGGUUGAUGCAGUUGGCUCAACUGUUCCACAAGCAGACUAUGUUUGGAGGAUUAUCUUAAUGGUUGGUGCACUUCCUGCUGCACUCACCUACUACUGGAGGAUGAAGAUGCCUGAAACUGCCCGUUACACUGCCCUUGUUGCCAAGAAUGCAAACCAGGCUGCAAAAGAUAUGUCGAAGGUUCUUCAGGUUGACAUUGAAGCAGAACCACAGAAGGUUGAGCGGCUAGCUCAACAACCCGCCAAUUCAUUUGGUUUGUUCUCUAAAGAAUUUCUUCGUCGCCAUGGACUUCACUUGCUGGGAACAACAAGCACCUGGUUCUUGCUUGACAUUGCAUUUUACAGCCAGAAUCUAUUCCAAAAGGAUAUCUUCAGUGCAAUUGGAUGGAUUCCACCGGCAAAGACCAUGAAUGCCAUCGAGGAGGUCUUCAGAAUCGCAAGGGCACAAACGCUGAUUGCUCUAUGCAGUACCGUUCCAGGCUACUGGUUCACAGUGGCUUUAAUUGACAAGAUGGGAAGGUUCGCUAUCCAAUUGAUGGGUUUCUUCUUCAUGACAGUGUUUAUGUUUGCCCUGGCUAUUCCUUACAACCACUGGACUCAUAAGAACAACCGCAUUGAGUUUGUAGUGAUCUACUCACUAACCUUCUUCUUUGCGAAUUUCGGGCCUAAUUCCACCACAUUUGUCGUGCCAGCUGAGAUUUUCCCGGCCAGGCUAAGGUCUACUUGCCAUGGCAUAUCUGCAGCAUCUGGGAAGCUCGGGGCUAUUGUUGGUGCUUUUGGGUUUUUGUAUUUGGCUCAAAACCAGGACAAGAGCAAGGCAGAUGCAGGGUACCCUGCAGGAAUUGGGGUGAAGAAUUCUCUUCUUGUGUUGGGUGGAAUAAACUUUUUGGGGAUUCUGUUUACUUUCUUGGUGCCCGAAUCAAAAGGAAAAUCCUUGGAGGAGAUGUCUAGAGAGAAUGAGGACGAAAAUGGAGAAAUGCAGGAGUUGGAACAUUCAUCUUCGUACAAUAAGAGGACAGUUCCUCUGUCUUAGUCUCUUAGAUUUUAGUUAAUAAGUUUUUUCUGAAUCAUGCCUCGAGUCCCCCUUUCUCUAUGUGAGAGAAGCCCAAAGUCAGUGUGACAUUGAGCAGAUGUUGAGAGUGUAAUGCCCCAUACCUAGGUGAGUUGGAGAAUUACUACCUGUCACUUAUAAACAUGUCUCCUAACAUAUAUAAAAAUCUCUAAAGACUUCAUAAGCAAAAAUCA